UAACAGGAAUAGACAAUAACUCUUUAAUAAGUCCUCCAGACAGCAGUACCACAAAAAAAACAGUCUUCACAAAAAAAAUUAUUAUUUACAACAAAAAGCGAUCCUCUCAAAAACAGGAUGACAAAUCAAGAACAGAUGACAGACAUAAAACUAACCAAAUAGGCUUAACUCAGUAUAAACUGAGGGAGAAAUAAAGAGACACCACACAGUCUAUCACAAGGAUAACUCACUCCUUAAUCACUAUUGGAAUCACACUAUCAGGCUGCUGCUGCUCCACUGCAGAACAUCACACUGGGCUGAGAGAGAGAGUGAGCUGAAUGUCCCCUGCUCCCUUUAUUGCAGCAACUGCAGGUGUUGGGCAUCCUGCAAAUAGAGAAUAAAGCACACCCACAGACACUCUCACACAGACACUCCUGAUGACUCUAACAGAGACACUCCCAACCAGACACAUCAACACAGGUGCAUCCAUACAGUACAUCCUCACUUUCACAUGCAGACAGAUCCACACGCAGUCUAAGACACUCACACACAUAAAUACGUAACACAAAAAUAUGUUGUUUUUAUCAUACUAUACUAUGACAUUUUAUAAUAUUAUACUAUGAUAUUUUUAUUAUACCACACUAUGAAAUUUUUAUCAUUCUAUACAAUAAUAUUUUUAUCAUACUUAACCAUGAUUUUUUUGACAUACUAUACUAUUACUUUUUUUUUCAAAAUAAAAUAUCUUUCUAUAAAAUUUAUUAUGACAUUUUUAUUGUACAAUAGUAUGACAUUUUUUUUCAAUCUACACUGUGAUAUUUUUUAUCGUACUUUAAUUUGGUCUUUUAUCAUACUAUACUAUGACAUUUUUUUCCUACGGUCAUAAAAUAUUUUGUCAUAGUAUUGUGUGUUAUUUUUUACAUACUUAACUAUAACAUUUUAAAAUACUUAAAUACAUUUUUUUUAAAUUAAACAAUGACAUUUAACAUACUAUACUAUGAUAUUUUUACAUACCAUACUAUGAUAUUUUAUCAUACUAUACUAUGAUAUUUUAUAAUACUAUACUAUGAUAUUUUAAAAUUCUAUACUAUGAUUUUUUAACAUACUAUACUAUGAUAUUUUAUCAUAGUAUACUAUGAUAUUUUAUCAUCCUAUACUAUAUUUUAUCAUACUAUACUAUGAUAUUUUAACAUACUAUACUAUGAUAUUUUUAUCAUUCUGUACAAUCUUAACAUACCAUACUUUAAAUUUUUAACAUACUAUACUAUGGAAUGUUUAUCAAACUAUACUAUGACAUUUUUAUCAAACGUUGGGGCAAUAGUUUUUUAUGAUUUUCUUUUUAUACUUACGUUAAAUUUAAUCAUAAACAAAUACAUGAAAGCACAUUCAUUAUGACAGUAGGCUAUUGUCAUGCACACAGACCUUACUGUUCAUACUCACUGCCUGCAGACAUCGUUUUUGUCGCCAAAAACCGCGUUUCUUCUGCCUCCCAGCUAAAAAUAAACAAGAGCGUCUUUCAACAGCAGCUGUUUGUCACCCCGGAUCCUCCAUAUUACGCAUGUUGACCACAGACAGCUGAUCUGUCUCGGCUGUAGCUGCUCUGGUAUCAUACAUGACCGUGUGUAUUCACAAUACUAAGACUCCAGUCUGAAAUAUGAUCUCUUUGACAGCUGCAGCGACAGACGCACAACGAGAACAGGCGUGCGUCCGGCUGCAGGUCCGGGACUGAAAGCAAGCAGCACAUGUGCCUGGUAGGUCACACAGUGAAGAGCCAUUUGCGUGCAGAUAAAGAGAGAUAGAUAUCCUUUUAUUCUAUUUGAUUGAAUCAGAUUAUUACAGACUGCGUCGAGUACAGUGCUUCUGUUGUGCUGCUACUGCCUGAAGCUUCGUGUCUAAAGAGGGGAUGCGGGGUCUUAAACCAGCUGGGGGCUCAGGUCCGGACACGCAGGGAGGCAAACGCCCAUCCUAUUUGUGACUCUGUGUUGCUGUAACACAGCUCGGACGUAAACAGAGACAUCAGCAGGGUUUGUAGGAGAACAGGAUCGUCCUUUAACGCUCUGCUGGCAGCUGCAAACAUUAUUUGCAUGGGAGUUUAUUUAGGGGAAAACAGCUUCAACCGCCGGCACAGUCAUCCCCCACUGAGGAGCCGAUUGGAUUCGUCUGCAGGGGGUUGACACAAAGAUUUUUUUGUUCUUCCAAGCUGAAUUUAUUCAUAUCUAAGCCUAGCUAAAGGACCAGACUAGAGCUAGCAGAAAGGCUGCUGUUGCGCACUGAGCAGCUGCAUUUACUGCACAUGUUUCAGACCCUUUAACGGCCACUCUUGGUAAGGUGGGUUGUCCUUUAUAUUCCUUUACCAUGGGACUGUGUUGUCUGUUUUAAAGCAAUCAUAAAUAAUUAUUUAAUUAAUGUAAAUUAGUUUUAUUGUUAGCUUUACUCUCAGUUAGCCACAUGCGCUCUGUGGAACAUUUUCUGUUGCCUUUAGCUUAAAAAUGGACCUCAAAUUCGACCUUUUUAUGAGUUUAGCUUCUAUUUCUGGGUAUAUUUUGCAGAGUUUAAGAACAUUUAUAAUCUAUAUUACCUUUUCAGCUGGAUAAACUCAAUAUUUUUCCUUCUUGGGUCUUUGGAGAGCUCCUAGAGUCUUUGGAUACACCUGCGCACUUUUGGAGAUGCCAAUUCGGGUCCAUAGCGGUCCAGUGGUCUGGUUGGAUUCUACGCGAUUGUAAAUAUUUUUCUUCCGGUAUUUUGGUCUAUUCCAACCGAACAGGACCUCUUUGACUCAAAAAUAUCACCAGUGGAUGUUCUGUAGUCUCCCAAAGAUGCCCCAGGGCUUGGCAACGCACAAUAGGCGGCAGAAAGUGUCUGAGAGUUCAGUUGCGCACUGAGUGACAAUUGCGCUUCUGUAUCAAGUGUAUGACUGCUGGAUGGACCAAAAUAAGUUGAGAAUAUGGGGGUAGGACUUGGUGUUUGUGAGGAGUGGGUUUUGCUAAUUUUGGAUUAAAAAUUAUUAUUUUAUAAUUUUAUUUUGGAGAAUAUGAUUAUUUGGCUCCAAAAUGGCCAAUUCUAGGUUCUGGGGGCUCUCUGGGGCUUUUAAAAAUGGUAAAGACCAAUCUGGACACCCCUACACAACAGACAUACAUGGAAGUGUCCUUUUUUGCAGGGAUUGCUGGGAAGAAGAAAGAGGCUGUCGAGCUUGGGACUCUGAAGAGGGAAGUUUGGGCAGAGCCAGUGUCAAAAAGGUAAGAAAUCCUCUCUCCUGCCUUGGCCUAUGGUGCCCAAUGUUGGCUGGAAGGCAGUUUAAGACUAUAAUCUCGACAUUUUGACAGAGAAAUUAAACUUUUAGUGUGUAUUUUGGUAUAUUUUUGGUGUGAGAGAGAAGGGAGGGUCAGGGCAUUAUGGUGUGCAUUAACAAGGAAAUAUGGAGGCACGGCUAGGGGGAGCCAUAGCUGGGCAGGAAGGCUGUGAUGUGGCCCUGUGCUGCUGGAGAGAGGAUGUAAGACUGAUUUUAAUACUUACAGACUCAAGAAGUCCGGAAGAUUCUUCAUUGUUGUAUGUUUGUCUUAGUUAGUGUACUUUAUGUUAGGACAACAUUAGACCCAGGGGUGUACACUUCCUUAGAGAGGAGCUCCAAGUGUGACACAGGCUGUUAUCUUUAAAUACACACAGAAAACACGGAGAAGUGGAAGAAAUGUACAAAAGAAAGCUUUGAAAACGGGAAUUAAAUCAUUAAAGAGCGGUUUUAAAAGAAUAAAACGAGUAUAUUUGGAUUAGCAUUAGCAUUCAAAACAUUCAAGAUGGCCUCUUUAGUGAAGGCAGGUAUGUGAGAGUAACCUGACACUUCCUGAUUGAUCAGAAAGAGCUCCUCUGUGUCUAAAUAACAUGGACUUUAAUGUCUUUUUAUUAAAAUUAUUAACAUUUUACAUCUUCUUCUGCUUUUAUAUGCUUAUAAAUAUCCUGUCAUUUCAACAGGAGUAAAAGUUGAGGCUCUCUGACUGACAUGUGGGUGUGUUGUUGGGUCAUGUGUUUUUUAAAGGCCAUGCUGCUGCUGAGCCCUGAUUGGUUGAUCAAUUAUAUACAUUUUUACCUUUUAAAUCCAUCUGAUUUUCACUUCAUUUACAAUUUUUAUAAACUUAUUAGACUCACACAAUCUCAAACUAUAAUUAUUAGCCUUGAGAUUGAUUAAAAAUAGCAAAAACUAAUUAAAAUCAUUCUUAAAUACACUCAUCUUAAGAUCUAGAGUUAAUCUAGGGGUUGAUCUGAUGCACGCAAAGAGUUAAUUUUCAGUUUCAGAUUAAAAUGCAGCUUCAGGGUUAAAGUAGAUGAAUCAAAAUCAUUACAUUUAUGAAAAACAAAGCUUAUAUUAUCAAUAAUUCAAAUGAAAUGCAUCUUAUUAUUGAUUCAGGGUGUCGCAACUGUGUCAAAAUAUGAUAUUAACCCUUUCAUUACCUGUGUCGCCACUGCUAGUUCGCCCUGCGGUGUCGAGAAACUGAGGAUUUCUGUUGCCAAGCACCAUCUGUGAAAACAAGAAUAACAAAACUGAAUUAUUAAACGUGAAUAAGAUUUGCUGGUGAUUUAUUUACUUAAAAGUACAAAUAAUAUUACAAAAAUUCUCCUAAUUGUUAGAUAUCGAUGGAGAAAGCUGAAAAAGUUUACAUUUAUGUGAAGAUGCUGAGGUUAUGUGAUGAUUAAAAGGAUAAAAUUCUGCAAAACAAACAUUUUUAGGGGAGUUUUAUGUCUUUUUGCAGGAUAUUUUAAGUUUAGGCUCCUUGAGUGUUUACAUAAUGCGAAAAUUCAACAUUUUUUUGCUGGAUUUUUGCAUUUAAACACAUCAUUUAAAGUUAUCCUGAGUUUAAAGGGUUAAAUCCAGCUGCUGAGCGUCACUGCUGUCAGUCCACAGUGGUGGUGCUGAAAUCAGACAGAGGAUAACAUGGGCGUCUCUGUCAUUAGAGGUAAAUUACUGCCCUCUCUGGUCGACACAGGUACUAAAAACAGAAACAAAAGAGGAAAAACACACGUCGGUCUCCUCUUAACAUGCUGUGUGUGUUUCUCAGAGUCUGAUUGGACUUGCACAGCGUCAUGGUCAUCAGCUGUUCAAGUAUCCAGUGCUGUGAUAUCUCUGUGACCGUGUCCUAACCUCAGAGUGUCUGAAGGACUGGGACACACAGGCAGAGCCAUGACUGACUUAGUGAGGUGAAGUGGAAGAUAUCAGAGCACUUAAGAGGAGUGCAUGACCAUAACUCAGCUCUGUGGUUAUUUUAGUGUGUCAUUUAUCUCUGUGAAGGGGUGAAAACAUCCCUGAAUGAUCCUGCUGUAAAAGCUUUCACUGAACACUCUCUCAUCUCACACAAAUUUGGCUAAAAACGUUGAAAUCCAGCUUUUAAACGUCACUUAAAGCUCAUACUAUGUCUCUAUCUCAGCUCCUGUUACAUAACAAACAAGUCUCACAGCUCAGUCAGCUGUCUCAUUGUUUGUUUUCUCGCCGUCCUGCAGUGGAGAGCUUCAGCCGUAGGUAACGCCCUUUAGCUGCAGCAUGUUAGCGUCUCCACAUGCCUGCUGUCGGGGAGCUAUCAGCUCUUCCCAUAGACACACACACAGAGCAGCCUGGUGCUGAAAAAGGCAGGAGCGGUGUCACAGUGAAGCAGAGAGGCUGUUAACUCUUUCACUGCUGAACACUGCAGCAAGAAAGGGACACAAUGACUCUUCAGGGGUUCAAGUGCUUCUUAAUUCUGAAUCUCUGUUUGUCUUUUGUUGCAGAAAUCCCCCGAUCAGGACCAGAGUCUCUCUCUCACCAUAACAACCCAGACAGAGGCUCCUGUGCGGGCUUCAAGAGAAGGAACUUCAAGUAAGAAGCUAAAAAUGCUCCAAAAACGUCCAUUUCUUCAGCCCGUCAGUUUCUGAACCACCAUCUAAUGCUUCUUCUCGCUCUGUGUGACUGUCCAAACAUUUACAGUCACAGUCAGACUGAAUCAAAUCAGGCUGAACAGAACUGAAAUAAUCGUUUUUUCAUCGAUGAUAAGCUGCUGUGGAGCUGAACUGAACAUGAUUUACUCUGUAUAAAGGAUGUCAGAACAAUGUAAAUGAAACGAAUAGAUCAGAUGUGGUUGUCGUCUGUAAACUGAUUCUGAGAUCGAAAGAGAGCAGAUCUAUUAGCUGUGAAAGCUGCCUGUAACACUGAGCCUUGAGACCAUAAAAACACGUUUAUCUUUCCUUUUCUUUAACUGUCAAACAGGCUCUAACUGUGGAUUUAUACAUUAAUAUCAUACCAACAGUACAGCUUUAGUUUUUAAUUAGUUAAUCUUUAAAUUUGUUUUUCUUUAGACUGGAUUUUUACAUAGUUUUGUGACCAAACGAUUCAACAUUAUGAAAGCAAAGCUAUGAUGUCUAAGAGUCAGAUCAUGGCUGAUUAAACCUUUGAUUUAUUCUUAAUAAUUAAGAAAAUUAAUUAACUUUGUUCUUAGUCUUCUUCCUAAUUCCCGUCAUAGAGGUUUUUACUUCUUUUUCCCCUUUUUACAGGGUCAAGAGCUCUUAUCUGUUAAUUUAAUAUUAUUUUCUUGUUUUAGUCCAUCAGGUUUUAGUCUUUUUACCAUUUUUUAAACAAUUUUAUCUCCAGUGUCUCCUAAGGUAGCUCUUUCCUCACGUCAUGUCUCUGUGUCAGGCCACGUCUCUUUAACAAUAUAGCUUAAAAUCUCACUCUGUGUGCGCUUGUGUGUGUGUGUGUGUGUGUGUGUGUGUGUGUGUCUUUGUAUGUGUGUGUGGGUGGGAGCACUUUGAACUACAUUUUUUUUUUUGUCUGAAAAGUGCCAUACAAAUAAAGUUGAAUUUGAAUUUGAAGAACACAAAGGCGUUUCAGAGCAGAGCAUCAAAAACACACGUGGUUAAGUCUUUUUAAAGCCGUCCUGCAGCCAACAACAAUGAGCACGGUUUAGACCUGCUCUUGUUCUUUGAAAAGCGUCUUGGGAUGACGACUGUUGUGAAUUGGAGCUAUAUAAAUAAAAUUGGAUUGAUUGAUUGAUUGCUGUGGAGACACAAUGGUGCCAAAUCGUACUGAAGUGUACUGAAUCCAACUGGACCACCUGGUGGAAACUCUGUUUGAGUCAAGCUUGAACAGACUGAAACCUCUGACCAUGACUCGGCUCAAUAGUGUCUUUGUUAUGACUUCUGUCCUUGGAGAAUCACGAGGAACUCUUGGACCAGCUCUUAAAACUGAACUAGAGUCUUAAUUUUCGUGGCCUUAAGAAUCUGAACACCACUAAACUGUUUUCUUUAUCUUUCUCCAGACGCCGCCAAGGUGACUUCAACAUCCGCCCAGAUGGAUACCGUGAUGGACGAGGAGAUAGUUGAGGACCGAGCCAAGCUGAAGCAGGGUCUGUGCAAAGUCCUGCAGUGUGUGGCCACCAUCUCCUCUGCAGCCGCUGUGGUUAACCCCAUCUUUGGCGUGGCCGGCUCUCUCAUCCGAGUGGUGCUGCACCACAUCGAUGACGAGGACAUCCGCACCCUAAAGCGUGAGUUCGGCUCCGUGAACAAGAGGCUGGACCAGCUCUCCCAGAUGAACCGCAACACGCUGGUUCAGAUCAAGAAGGAAACGCUGGACGGCCAGUACUGCCGCGUGGAGGAGAACCUGAAGAACCAGUUCAGGAAGUUCAUGGAGAUGGUGGAGGCGCGGCCCGAGCACCGCGAGAACAAGAAGGACGACUUCGAGGAGAGCUACGCCAAUGACAUGGGAGACCAGAACCUUCACACGCUGUACGACGGCGUGGUGGGUAAACCCAAGCUCUUCAGCCGGCCCAUCCUGGAGGUUUACCUGAAGCACUCGCAGGGCGACCGCCAAACGAUGGAGCGACUCUGCACGCGCCUCACCUACCUGUUCUGCAUCGGCCUCAUCGCCCUCAUGGGCUACGCCGCCAUCAUCGGAGACGACGAGGAGGGUCUGAGCGAGGAGUGGGCCGAGAAGAUGGAGCACGUGCAGGAGAAGAUGCAGGAGGCCCUUUCCAGGUGCACAUGAAGACGCAGGAGAGUGAAGAAGAGCUGCUGCUGCGCUUUCACUUUCAGGACUCAAGUGUCCACAUUCCCUCUGAGACUCCUACCACUUCCUUUUCCUUUUCUUUCCCUGUGAGCACUUUGCAAACGUCCGCUUCACUGCCUGAACAUCCAGCUGGAGUGAGCAACGAUACGUCUGAUUUUAACUACACUACACACUCAAAACCAAACAGACUGAGCCACAUGCUCGUAGAUACAGCCCAAAACGAAAUAUUGGCUCAUACUCUUUGAUAUAAAUCUGGUUAUUUUGAUAGACAGUGACACUGUGAGGCUUGUUAGCUAAAAGAUUAUCUCUGUAAUGAGUCAUUAUCGCCCUGACAACUCAAUGUGAGCACGAAACUUAACACUAUAUAUAAAAACACUAUCAUGAUAAUGUCAGAGCGUCAUGUAGAAACAGUUUAAAUCAACCUUUGAUGCACUUAGGACUCACUUUACAUGUUUGACUUUGCAACAUCGUCCGAAUCAUUACGCACUUACUGUCGUUGUUUUAAUUACUCCUUUAACACUACAAGAAACCCGAUCAGUAAGAGCGAGUGACUAAUCAUAGAAAAGCUUAACAACAACAGUGGCGUAUUUAAUAGGAAGCUACUCAGGCUGCUGUCAUACUAAUGUGUGUCCACUAGAGGGAGCCGUUUCUGUCAUACUGUUGCAUUGCAUGACAUCUAAGCUGUUUAAGAUUAAACUACGAUAAAGAAAAUGUUGAAAGAAGAAAAAAUAGAGGCAGAUAUCCAUAAGUUUUCUCAGCCAUGAAUGUGACUUCACUAAAAAACACAGAAUAAUGAUCAUGUAUCACUAACAACACGAGUAUCUGCCACAUUGUGUUUUAAUUUAACACUAAUUUAUGCAGCUGAACGAGGUCUUUCUUUGUCUUUAGUUAGAAAUAUAAAGUAAAGAUUAAAAACUCUAAAUUUGUGCAUUAAAAUCUGUUCUGUUUGAACACUACACCCAAACCAAAGAAGGAAACACUAAGUAUAAUUUACGGUUUGCAGUUCUGCUUCUGUUCUCACUACCUAUUUGAUUUUUUGUUAAAGUAAUCAAGGACGUCACACCGUCAACCUCUGUCUCUGUUUUCUCUUUACUGUCUCUCUUUGUUUCCUGUUGCCUUAAAUCACAGCAGGAGCUGCACCGAGUAUAUUUGUAAUAUAAAAAUAAAGAUUAUUUUGGGUUUCUUUGGUGUGUGGCCAUUUGGAGCAGAUAAAACAAACACUUACAGACCCUUAAUUUUAUUUUAUUUUACAGUUCAGUCUCUCCUCCGUCUCCUCAUACACCUCCUCUUCCGACCAACAGUGCCUAAAUGUGCCAUUCAUUUUGUAUUAUUCUUAUUUUAAGGGUGUUUUUCUGAAAGAUUUUCACAUAUUUUUGUGUACGGCAUUAUGUUUUAUUAAAGGUCUUUAUGCUACAAGUUAGUUUGUGCUUGAAUUAUGUUUGUAAAUUGUUUUAUUUUUAUUUUAGUAGACAGGUGGUAAGAAGCUGGUUUUAAUUUCUGCAUCAGGACGGUUCAAAGAAUCAGACGGUUAUAGAAACACUCAAAUAAAAACUGUUUUCAUAUCUUAUAGAAGUUUAACUCUCAUCUUCUCGAUAACUAACCCAGCUCUGAUUGUUUUUUCACUUUGUACCAUCUCUCCUGUUGUUACGUCAGACUCAGUGUAAGGCUGCAUUAAGAGAAUAUAGUCAAAAUGCUGUUAUAUGGAGGAUUAUUAUAAGAACCUCUGAAAGGCUUUUUGUGAAUAUGUCGCCUUUUUGUUAUAAAUCUUUGCUGCCUGAUUGUACAUGUACCACUAUAAAUAAACAUGAGUGAGUAAUGAAGAUCUGGAC